GUGUAUCUUGGGUGCUAAUGUGAAUGUUAUAUUUCGUGGAAAAAAUAAAUUGCCUGGAAAUAAUAUUAUGAAGACUAUGAAAAUGUUCUUCAGUGUUGUCAUCAAUCUGUGAAUUUAUGUGACUAGAGACUAUUUUUCAAAACAAUGGGGGAAAGAGCAAAAAGUCCAAAUGCUGAUCAAGAAAGAAAAGCAGACAAACAACAUAGCUCUAAUUAUUCCUCUGAGUUUGGAUCUACAUCCCAGUCUUCUGGUCAGUCAUCGCCAGUUAGUCCUUCUUCACCUACAAUUACUAUGGGAAAAACUUCUAAAAAACAAGCAUCAGAUAACCAAGUAUAUUGCCAAUCCUCCAGGAAACCAAGUCCUAAGGGUCUACCAAACAAAAAAGGAGUCCAAGUGGGAAUUCGUUCCCAAAGCCUCAAUAGAGAACCACUUCGGAAAAAUUCUGAUAUUGUCACAAAACGGGUUCUUUCUGCAAGACUGCUAAAAAUCAAUGAGUUGCAGAAUGAAGUAUCUGAACUCCAGGUCAAGUUAGCUGAGCUGCUAAAAGAAAAUAAAGCUUUGAAAAGGCUUCAGUACAGACAGGAGAAAGCCCUGAAUAAGUUUGAAGAUGCAGAACUUGAAAUCUCACAACUUGUAGUUCGUCAUAACAAUGAAAUUACAGCACUCAAAGAACGCUUAAGAAAAUCUCAAGAGAAGGAACGAGCAACUGAAAAAAGGGUGAAAGAUGCAGAAUGUGAACUAUUUAGGACAAAAUUUUCCUUAGAGAAACUGAGAAAGAUCUCUGAAGCUAGACACCUACCUGAACGAGAUGAUUUGGCAAAGAAACUAGUUUCAGCAGAGUUAAAGUUAGAUGACACUGAGAGAAGAAUUAAGGAAUUAUCGAAAAACCUUGAACUAAGUACUAACAGUUUUCAACGACAGUUGCUUGCUGAAAGGAAAAGGGCAUAUGAGGCUCAGGAUGAAAACAAAGUUCUUCAAAAGGAGUUACAACGACUGUAUCACAAAUUAAAAGAAAAGGAGAGAGAACUGGACAUAAAAAACAUAUAUUCUAAUCGCCUGCCAAAGUCCUUUCUAAAGAAAGAAAAAGAAAUUACACCAAGGAAGAAUGCUGCAUGCCAGAGUGAUUUUACAGACUUGUGUACAAAAGAAGUACAAACCAUUGAAGAUUGUGAGCUGGAAGAAUUACCUGUAACACCACAAACAAUGAUGAUUUGUGAAAAUAAAUGGGAGGAACCAGAAUGUCUUACUUUGGACUUGGAAUUCCAAGAGCAAGAUAAGCAUGAAGAAGCAGGGAUUCUAAACCCAAUUGUGAACAAAGAAGAAAAAUGCAUUAAAGAUCAAGGACUGCAAAUUGCAAAACAGGAGAUAGAGAAACUAAAGAAUGAGUGGGAAAGAGAAGAACUUAAUGAAAAGCAGAAAGAGGGAGAAGAGGAGCCCGAGUUGGAGACUAGAAACUACCAAAUGGAAAUGUAUGAACUUCAAAGUAUUGAUAAAUUGGAAGAGGAAGAAGAAGAAAGACUGAAGAGAGAAAUGCUACUUGCUAAACUGAAUGAAAUCAACAGAGAACUUCAAGAUUCUCAGAAUCUAAAAUGUCCUCUUUUGCCAUUAAUACCUGAUUUGGGAUCAAAACUGCAUUCCUCAGAGAAAAUCUCCAAAACAUACAUGUUCUCUGAAUCCUCAGAGAGAUUAUUUAAUGGGCAUCAAUUGCAAGACRUAAGUUUUUUUACUCCAAAAGGAGAGGGUCGGAAUUCAGGAAAUAUUAGAAGUCCAAUCUCUCCAAAUGAGAUUGCAUUUGGUAGCUAUGUGCCUUCAUUUGCAAAAACACCAGGGAAGUCAAAUCCAUUUAGCCAAAAAAGUUGCCUUUUGGAUUUAAAAAAAAACAGUAUGGAAGACCUUAGUAAAGACAGUGCAGAUUUCAUUGCAAGAAAAGAAAAAAAAGCCAAUCUGAUGGAACAGCUAUUUGGUACUAGUGGCAGCAGUCCCAUUUCCUCUAAAAGCAGUGACCCAAAUUCUCUGGCUGCCAGCAAAGGAGACUUUGAGUCUCUAAAUUUUCUCCCUGGAGAUAAAAGCAACAGGGGUAGAGAACAUGAUGAAGAUGAAGACUAUUUCCUUGGUGAAGGAAAAAGUUUUAAUCCAAAUAGACACCGAUUAAAACAUGCAAACAAUAAACCAGCAGUAAAAGCAGUUGAUUCUGUAGAAGAUGAAAUUGAAGAAGUAGCACUGAGAUGACUGA